AGGAGUCUUGUAGUCUUUUCUCCAUCAUUUUAUGUGGACCUUAUUGCUGAUUUUCAAAAUGAGGGUCUAAAUGCUGGAACUUACCUGGAAGAAGUGACUGUGCAGGGGUACUGGCCACAUACAGAUUUCUUAAAUAACAUCAGUAAUGGGAGCUUAGAGCUGCCAGAGAUACGGUCGCUGGUGUAUCACAGAUUUGGCUGCUUAAUGGUCUUUUGGCUUCUGAAUUUUAGUUGUCAGGAAUUUAUACAAGUGAAGGGAACCAUGUUAAUUAGUACCGUGUAUUGAAUAUAUUUUUAUGUUUAUGUCUAUAUUUCACAUACAUACCACAUAGAACACUUGAGAAUCUGCAAGUGAGGAGAUCUGUGGAAUGCAGAGUAAUCAAGUACCAAUACGGAGGCAGCCUACACAUGAGAGUGCAUUAGAAAAAAUCAGAAAGAUAAAUCAUAUUGUGCACAAUGGAGGAUUAUACAAAAGGCCUUUCAAUGAAGCUUUUGAAGAAACACCAAUGCUGGUUGCUGUGCUGACCUAUGUAGGUUAUGGUGUUCUUACUCUCUUUGGAUAUCUGCGAGAUUUCAUGAGGCAGUGGAAGAUUGAGAAGUGUCAACAUGCAACAGAAAGAGAAGAACAAAAGGACUUUGUCCCAUUGUAUCAGGACUUUGAAAAUUUCUACAACAGAAACCUCUACAUGCGCAUUCGGGACAGCUGGAACCGUCCAAUCUGCAGUGUGCCAGGGGCAAAAGUGGACAUGAUGGAGAGAGUUUCCCAUGACUAUAACUGGACAUUCACGUACACAGGGAGAGUGAUAAAGGACGUUAUUAAUAUGGGUUCCUACAACUACCUUGGAUUUGCACAGAAUGCUGGAACUUGCCAAGAAGCAGCAGCCACAGUUCUGUCCCAGUAUGGUGCUGGGGUGUGUAGCACUAGGCAGGAGAUGGGAAACUUGGACAAACAUGAGGAGCUGGAAAAGCUAGUUGCCAGGUUCCUAGGUGUGGAAUCUGCAAUGGCAUAUGGAAUGGGAUUUGCAACCAACUCUAUGAACAUUCCUGCUUUAGUUGGCAAGGGCUGUCUCAUUUUGAGCGAUGAACUGAAUCAUGCAUCACUAGUGCUUGGAGCAAGACUGUCAGGAGCAACUAUUCGAAUCUUUAAGCACAACAAUAUGCAAAGCCUGGAGAAGCUGCUCAAAGAUGCUAUUGUGCAUGGGCAACCUCGUACACGGAGGCCCUGGAAAAAAAUUCUUAUCUUGGUGGAAGGAAUAUACAGUAUGGAGGGAUCCAUAGUCCGUUUGCCUGAAGUGAUUGCCCUUAAGAAGAAGUACAAAUCCUAUCUGUACCUUGAUGAGGCUCAUAGUAUAGGUGCCCUGGGUCCCAGUGGCCGGGGUGUAGUGGAGUAUUUUGGACUCAGCCCUGAAGAUGUCGAUGUUAUGAUGGGAACAUUCACCAAAAGCUUUGGAGCUGCUGGAGGAUACAUUGGGGGCAAGAAGGAACUGAUUGAUUACCUCAGGACGUACUCUCACAGUGCUGUGUAUGCAACAUCAAUGUCACCUCCUGUUGUGGAGCAAAUCAUCACCUCCAUGAAGUGCAUUAUGGGUGAAGAUGGUACAACUGUUGGGAAAGCACGUGUGCAGCAGCUAGCAGAAAACACAAGAUAUUUCAGGAGACGACUGAAAAAGAUGGGCUUUAUCAUAUAUGGAAAUGAAGAUUCCCCUGUUGUGCCUCUGAUGCUGUACAUGCCAGCAAAAAUUGGUGCGUUUGGGCGUGAGAUGCUGAAGCGGAACAUCGGUGUUGUGGUUGUGGGCUUCCCUGCCACCCCCAUCAUCGAGUCCAGAGCCAGAUUCUGUUUGUCUGCAGCUCAUACCAAAGAGAUGCUUGAUACAGCUUUAAAAGAAAUCAAUGAAGUUGGAGACCUUUUACAACUGAAAUAUUCUCGUCACCGUUUGGUACCUCUUUUGGACCGGCCAUUUGAUGAGACAACAUAUGAAGAAACAGAAGACUGAACUCCCUUCAUGUGCCUCGGUGGGAGGGACACACCCCGUGGGACAUUGCGUGGCACACAGGCCACAGCAUCUGUGAACAACAGUUACGACUGCUUAGCAUACAAGACAUUUCUUCACAAUACUGAAAUGGCCACAUCAGCUCUAAAAGGCAUUUUGUAAAUAGGGAGAGGAGAAAAAAAGCUUUGAUUCCUGUGUCUUCGGGGUCUGGCCCUAGAGGUGCUUGGCUUUAUUUUUUUCUUGUUGCUUUUUUUAUUUAUUUGUCUCAAUGAGUUCACAGCAACCCAAGCUGGCUGUUGCUGAUCAGCUCAGACUUUGUAUGCACCAUUAGCCUCCCAAAUGCUGGCUGAGAUGUUGUAAGCAUGUGUGAUGCUGGCAUAGCAGCAUUUCCAGUGUCACUGCUAGGUGUCUGACCUUCCCAGUAAGGAGUGAUCUGACCUGUCUGCUCUUGAAGACUUUCUAGAGAAAUCGUUGAUUGCUAACUUUGACAUAUUUAACAAGAUGGAUAAUCAACCAAAGUUUUGUUGUGUUUUGUUUUGUUGUUGUUUUUUUUUUCUUUUGCAGUUACUUGUGUUUAAAACUUGAAUUUAGCCUUUUUAAAAUAAAUGUGUUGUUGACAUGUCACUGACAGGA